CCACUUCUACCCACCCCCCUCGGGCUUCCUCUCCCUCAGCGGCAGCCUCGCCACCUUCUGUAACCAGAAACUCGUGAGCCGAGCCGAGCCGAGCUCAACAUCAUGCCCAGCCUAUGGAAGUCCGCGUCUGUCACCAGCCGCGGCAAGCCCGGUCCCCAGAAGUCCAUCCGGGGUACAAUCUCGGCCCCGAUCCCGAUUCCCGUCCCUGUUGACGACGACGAGUUCCCCAUUCGGAGACCGGGUUCGACCAAGGCUACCGCACGAACCGAUGACGAAUUCCCCAUGCGGAAGCCAGGGACCGGCAUCGCGAGCACAAUCCCGCCUGUCGUCGAGCCCGAGAUAAAAGCACCCGUCGACAAGUACGACGAGCCUGAGAUCGAGUCUGAGCCCGAGCCCGAGCCUAAGCUCGAGCCUGAGUCCGAUACUGAGCCUCCGUACGAGCAAGCUAGUGAGGUCGAGCGGGAGCAAGAGCUCAACGACGAGCUCCAAGCCGGAUCUGAACCAGUGAACGAGAAAGACCUGGAGCACGGGCAAGAGCAAGUGCAGGAGCAAGUGCAAGUGCAAGAACCCGAGCAACCCGAGCCAGCGCAAGGCCAGGCACAUGAGCAGCCUCAAGUGCUUCUGCCGUUAUUGCCAUCGACGCCCGUCAAGAUCUCCGAGCCCGGCCGCACGGACCCGGACAUUGACAUUCAGCCGGAACCGCCGUUGCACCUGCCACCGCCUCCGCCUCCGACAACCGGCCCAAGCGUAUUUAGCGGACGCCCGGCUUCAAGAUCCCCCCCGCAAAGGAUCUCGCCCCGGAGGACGUCUCCGUCAGAUAUCUCGCCGCACCAAACAACGCCGCCCAGGACAAAACAGCCAUCGCCGCCCUCGAGGCGGGCCACGAACCCAGUUCUAGGUGCCGUCCGAUAUUCAGUCGUCAGCGAAGCGCCGACCACCCAGAGCAAGGACUCACCGCAACGAAAGAAGUCGACUUUGCGGUCCGCACUGGGCAGGUUAUUUGGACGCAGUAAGAAGAAGAAUGGCAGCGGCAGCCAGGACUCGGGGCGCGACUCGGGGCCAGUUGGCUCGUCGCAGCACCGCAGCGACCCUAUCACCACAAGCCGACUCAAAGAGAAUCCACCGGGGCGCUCUGCCUCGUUGCCCAUUACCGAGUUCAACAUGCCUUUACGUUCGCACUCGAUUGGGCCGGAUGAUAUCAUGGCCAUCGAGAGUGCCCGUGACUCGCUCCAGGCUGAGGCAGCUGGAGCUAGUUCCGGGGCUGGCGUAGGAGCCGGCGCUGCUGCUGCUACCGGGGGACGGCGACGCGCUGCUACUACAACAAGUCGUCUAUUUCUCCAGCCGCGCUUGCGCACCACCGAGUUUGGCGCCGGACUAUCGCCGCGGCCGGCCAGUUCACACGGGCGUGGCAGCCGGCUGGCAGAUACUAACGAGCCCGAAGAUCCCAACGAAAUCGGUCGCGCCAUUACGAGUGACAGCGGUAACGGAGUGCGCCGACGAUCCCGGAGCCUUUCUGGCCUGCAGGACUUUAUGGGGGGACGUCCCGGGGCCCGCCGGCGCAGCGACGAGAUUCGCUACUGGCGCGAAUCUUACGACCCGGGCUUCAUGUCGCCGCUGUCGUCAAACGCACAGGAAGACGACACGGGCUUGAUAGAUGUCAGCGCGCCCGAGAGCCCCGCCGUCGAAAGGCCACCCAAGACGCCGCCCCAACCCUUCAACUUCGGCCCCAUCACAACUGACAUGGCCGGCAUGAAGAUCACGCAGGUAGCAAGCAUCGACACGCGCAUUGGCGACCUCGAGUUUCGCGCUCACAAGCUUGAGCGAGUUGUGGGUCAGCUUUGUCACGCCGUGCCCGGCUUCAAGACCCCCUUUGGCGACACGACGCCAUCUCAGGGUGAGUCGUCGUCGAGGAAGCCUAUAUUUGCAUACUCGGCUAGCCCCCCGCCUCCUAUCCCCGCCAUCUACCGGACCAUAUCGUCCGACCUGAAGGAGACGCCAAAAUACGCUGCCUCGCGCCGCUCGGUCGAGACGGACUCACACUCUCAGGUCUCUUUUGGCGAUGCUCCGAUUUUCAUUGGCUCUCUGCAUCCUCCUUCUUCGUUCGCUGCACAGUCUCAGUCCCUCACCGUAACUGCGGCCCCUCCUGCCAACUCUCUGGACCGUCCGGCAUCUAACUCAACCAUUCGCGGAGCCGCGAAUUUGCCUGCCGUAGGCCGCGAAGCUGGGGGCAAUAGCGAUGAACGGUACGCUGCACUAGCCGCACAGCUCGAGACGGAGCGCGCCGCACGCCAGGCACUGGAAGCCCAAGUCAAAAAGCUCUCGGAGCGUCUCAAUACACUAUCAACCACCAUGUUUGCCAUGGUGCGCGGGCCGUCCGAGUCACGGUCGCAGGAGCGGCUGGCGCCGCCCUCUCCGGGCGGACACUCGUCCCUACAGCCGCAGCCAGUGAAAACCCUGUUGGUCCCGCCGCCGGAGGCAGUGAAGGCGCUGUCAGUUUUCGAGACUGACGACGACGACGACGACAACGAAGAUGAAGAUGAAAGAACCGAGGCAGCAGGGGCUAAAGAGAUACGUUCACUAGAGUCGGAAGUGGCCGAUGACAACCUCACCGAGGACGACUUCCAGACGCCGCGAGAGGACAUGCCCCCACUCAGCUAUGGGGCAUUCGGAGAAGAACUGCGCCCAGAUGACGACGGCGAAGCCGAAUCCGACGACCCGAAGCGGAAAAAGGCGGCGAGGACUCUGAGUCUCAGCCAGCUGACUCUGGGCAAGGGGCAGCGGACGCAGAUCUGACACGGUUUUCUCUUGUUGCUUCUAACCAUCUCACGACACGGCACGCGACACACGAUAAUACGAUUCGCGUAUCUAUUGUAACGCUCACGUUCCCCUCCUAUUCCACCAUGUCCAACUUUAGCUACGCGCUACCACGUAUCGUCCUAUUUCUUCGGACAAUGAUCUCUCUACGAAUCACAGACGCAUAUUCGAUGCCCUCUCACACACAUAGCGACGGCUUAUUUCCGUGUCCGGCUUUCCAUAUCUUCCUAGCCUUGUUUUCUUUUUUCAGUUUUUCGCCCUCCU